ACGCGACAAACCCCGCUCGAACAAAGUUGCCUCGCAGUUGGCCAUGACUGCACUUCGGACAUCGUUGAAUGAACUAUGCCUCGAUGUUUUAUGAGUUCAGCACGGCGUGGCGAUUGAAGUCGCUACGGAUUUGAUUCAAUGUCUCAAACUUCCCGUUCAGAUCUCGGUAAUAUCCUGUUGGAGCGAAAGUGACAAAUUGCGUUUUUGGAAAGAAAUUAACUCAUUCACAGCUGUUAGAUUUUCCUCCGAGAAUCAAGUCAAUCUUCCCUGGAGCGAUCGUGAUCAACACCAGAGCUUAUUGGUAAUCGACGCCGAUUGUUCAAAAUCAAAAGACUUGCUGCGAUCCGCUGGUCAAUUGUUGUACAAUCGAGUCAAGUGGAUUAUAAUAAAUAGUAAAAACUUGAACUGUAGGAAAUUCUUGAAGUUUUUUGACGAUCUUAAACUUUUGAUCAGCAAUGAAGUUUAUUACAUCUGUGAAGCAGACGGUGUUCAGGGCUUCGCAAUAAAACAAGUAUACCGACUGUCCCUUGCAACUGAAGUGAUCGAGGAGACGUUCGGCUACUGGAACAAAGGUAUGAUCGUUAAUCUUCAGCAUAUCAAGCAUUCCUCCGUUCGUCGUCAGAAUCUGAAACACUUUAAAUUGCGUGCAUCAGUUGUAAUCACUCACAAUGAGACUCUGAAUCACCUGGAAGACUACCGUGAGAAACAUGUGGACACUAUCACCAAGAAGAACUAUUUUCUCACCAAAUACUUGGCCGAAGACUUGAACGCCACCCUUAAGUUCAGCUACGUCAACUCGUGGGGUUAUCGUAACCCCAAAUCGGGUAAAUUUAGCGGCAUGAUUGGCGAACUACAGAACGAUCUUGCGGAUCUUGGUGGUACGGCAUUGUUCCUGACGGCGGAUCGUAUCAAGGAGAUCGAUUACCUCUCGAUGACCACUCCAACGCGGGCCAAAUUUAUAUUUCGUUCGCCGAAGUUAUCGUUCACGGACAACGUAUUCCUACUUCCGUUCAGCGCACCGGUUUGGGUUUGCAUAAUCAGCUUCAUUGUGCUCUCCGGAGUGCUUCUUUUGAUCAUUAUGAAGGUCGAGCUGCGAUGCACCAAUGUUCGUUACGGGAAUGUCAUCCGGCCGAAUUUGAUGGACACGGUCAUGAACAUGUUUGGAACCUCGUGUCAGCAGGGAUCGUAUCUGGAGCCGAAAUCGCUUCCGGCCAAAUGUUUGAUUCUGUUGAGCUUGAUCAUCCUGAUGUUUUUGUAUGCCAGCUAUUCGGCCAACAUUGUUGCGCUGAUUCAGUCGCCGUCGAACAAGAUCAGGACGUUGGAGGAUUUAUUGAACUCGCGCCUGGAAACCGGGGCUGAAGAUACCGUCUACAAUCGAUACUAUUUCAUGCAUGAAACAGAACCAGUGAGGAAAGCGAUCUACGAUCGGAAAAUGAAAACUCGCGAUGGAGUUGGUUCCAGUUUUAUACCGUUGGAUAAAGGCGUUGAAAGGGUACGCCAAGGACUGUACGCCUUCCACGUUGAAUUGGGAGUUUGCUAUAAGGUCAUCAGCGAAACCUUCCAGGAGGACGAAAAGUGCGGUUUGCAAGAGAUCGAAUACCUGAACAUCAUCGAUCCGUACUAUGCCGUGCAGAAGAACUCCUCCUUUCGGGAGCUGGUCCGGCUUAGUCUGUUCAGGUUGCGUGAGUUCGGCAUUCAGGAUCGGGAGCACUCGAUGCUCUACACGCGUAAACCGGCCUGUAGUGGCGGAAGCAGCUUCAUUCCGGUAUCGAUUGUGGACGUUUGGCCUGCACUGACCCUGCUGACGUGGGCAUCGGGCUUUGCCGGGGGCUUGCUGGCAGGGGAAAAUAUCUGGGCACGAAUCAGAGCGAAGCGUAAUCUGGCAAAGGUCGCUAAUGGGGAUUUCUGUGGAUGAAGAAGGAGGAAGUAGUUGGAAAAUUUGAAUCAACCGAUUUUGUAUUAAUGAAGAUUUAU